CAUGAUUAUGAGUGCCUGCUUAGUAUUCGGUGGUAAGGACUUACCCUAAAUAAUCUAACUUGUUUCCUAUCAUUGGACAUUGAGGUGGUUUCUAAUUUUUGACAAUUACACGCCUGGCUGUGAUGAAUAUCCAAGAAGCUAAAUAAACCUGCACCAGUGCUCGACACUGAGGUCAGUAGUCAUAUUUUCAAACCUCUGAAGCAUAAGGAACCUGCCAGUAGUUGUAACUGCAAACAUUUUGGCAAAGGCCCAGAAGACUGUCUGAGGGUGAGAGGAUUGUGACCCAGGUGCUGGGCUUGCCGGGGUCAGGACCCAUUUACCCAGCGCCCGUCACAGAGUGUUCAGCCUGACGGGGCCCUUUGGAACCACUGGGCUUGCAUCCUCCUCUCACACUAGAGGGAACCAAGGCGCCGGGAAUCCAGGCGCCAGGGUCAGAGAUGGUCUUUCAGCAGACCUCCUCCAGCACCCUGGCGCCGGGACUGGAAGCUGAGCUUUGAGAUCAGCAAUCCUACCUGGAAACCCCCACAAAUGCUGCCUGCACUCCCUUCUCAAACCACUGAUGGCUGAGGCUGGAGAGGCACUUCUGCAAAUGUACUGCCCAGUAAACGGGAGGGCAUGGAAAGAAGACUUGAGGUCCAACCCACAGGCAGUCAGACCAGCCCCACCCAGAUGCUCCAUUUUUCUCUAACCCGGGGGGUAUGCUUCAUAGUGGUCACCCCAUAUCCGGUCCACCUGGCCAAUCUAUUUGGGGUUUGAACUGAAAUAACAUGAGUCUCACUGGCCUCAGUUGUCCCUUCUCACUGAAAACCAGCUUUGCUACUGGUCCCUCUACCCAGCGCCUGACAACUUUCUGUGGUUUCUAAGGCGCUUCCCUUGUUCCCUUCCCUCAGGCCUUGCUACCACCUGGGGAAUUCGCACAAAUGGUGUUCGAUUUGCCCCUUUUGUGUUUUCCUUUCUGACUUGGAGAUAAAGAACCGCACCCCCUCCUGCCUACUGACUCUCUGUUUAUUCAACUGGGAGAAAUUUCACACCCAGGAACACGGGUAUCCCUUCCCAAGCCCCUUUUCCUAAAUCUUCACACACACGCACACCCCCACUGCUCCCCAGGUAUCUCAUCCUGGCAUGUCCCUGAAUAAUUUAUGAGUCCAGGCAGACCUUAUAAAAAGGUCUCCGAGGAAAAGCCAGAAAAGUGCGGGACGCUGAGGAAUCGCAGCCCCCACAGCCUGCCUGGCUUUUACACCCUAAGGAUGGACCCUCCUGCCCCCGUUGCUGCCACCCCUGCCCUGGCUCUGGCCUCAGCUCCAGCCCUAGCACAGGGCUCCCUGGCACUGCCCUACCUGGGAAACCCAUCGCCCCUUCUCUCCUCUGGACAAGAAGUAAAUAAAUAUGAACGAGGAGCUUCUCUUUGGAGGCCCUGGCUGACCUCUACAAAUGACCUCCCCAGGCAGGCCCCCAGUGGGACAACAGGUGCCAAGGUCACCAAGGUUGACUUUGAGUUCCAUCACCCAGUCAGACUCUUUUGGCCUAAAUCCUGCUCCUUUGACUACCUGUACAGUGAUGGGGAGAUUUUACUGCAGAACUUCCCUGUCCAGGCAACCAUCAACGUCUAUGAGGACUCAACCAGCGAGGAGGAGGAGGAAGUGGAGGAGAGAGAAGAGGAGGAGAAAGAGGAAGCAGAUGGAAAGGGGCCAGAAGGGUGUGUGAAGGUACCAGGGUCAGCACCACACAGGGCCACAGCUCAUUCUCCCUCCCUGCCCCUGACCUGUCCCAACUGAACCAGUCAGUCUGAUGGGGUUCAUUAUGCCUGGCAACAUUUCAGGGCAUUGAUUAGCCAGGAAUCCCCAGGAACAGUUCUCUGGAUUGAAAGUUGGGUCCUCAAGUUACCAGCUCACCCUGGCUACACCCAACAGGUCUGUGAGCCCAGCCCUCUGGCAUCUUAUUGGAUUGCUGUUGUGUUGCCAACGAGAGGGUCCUAGGAACUCUAGGGGAAGGAAAAUUUGCUUUCUGAGCCCCCCAGGGAGCAGAUGAGGAUGAAGCAUGCCUAUGCAGAGAACGGUCACUCUUCAGGGCUCUGCCUCCCCAACCAUUCAGAUGGCCAUGAAGUCCUGUCUUCCUGUGGUAAGCCUGACUUCUGGCUUCACCUCCACGGAUGCAAUACCAACACCAGUUGGGGUGCCUUUCUGACGGACCUUGCAGGAAGGAGAGGGGACAUCUAAAACAUCAGUCUACUUUGGGGACCUCUUCCCUUUCGGCUGUUAUCUACUGGGGUCUGUAUUUUGGCAUGAGACGAAU